AUGCAUUUCCGUCUUUUCAUAUCUAUCUAUCUAUCUAUCUAUCUAUCUAUCUAUCUAUCUAUCUAUCUAUCUAUCUUGGUCUGUUCAUACCUAUUUCAAUGUUUUCAUAUCUAUCUAUCUAUCUAUCUAUCUAUCUAUCUAUCUAUCUAUCUAUCUAUCUAUCUUAUCUGUUCAUAUCUACCUACCUCUCUCUUUCUCCCUCUCUAUCUAUCUAUCUAUCUAUCUAUCUUAGUCUCUUCAUAUAUAUCUGUUUAUCUAUCUAUCUCUCUUCUUUCUUUCUGUCUUGCUUUCUUUCUUUCUUUGAUAGUUUCUUUCUUUCUUUCAUCUCUAGUUUCUUUUUUCUUCCUUUCUCCCUUUGCUAAUUUCUUUCUUUCUUUCUUUCUUUCUUUCUUUCUUUCUUUCUUCGCUAGUUUCUUUCUUUCUUUGCUAGCUUUUCUUUCUUCGCUAGUUUCUUGCUUUCUUCCUUUCUCCCUUCGCUAA